AUGCGUGUCUUAUGCCGUGUAUUUGCCUAUGUGAAUAACGAGUUGCAGCCAACACAUUCGUCCUUCCUUAUAUUCUUAACAAUCGUACUCUCAUACGCGUGUGAAUAUGAUACUCGUGAGAGUGUAAUUUGUGCAUUUCACCGGUUAUGUGAUCUAGUUGGCGUGUGUAGGCACCGUGAUCCUGCAUACUCGCGUCGCGCAGACAUGGCCGGAAAUACGCCGCAAUAUCUAAGCAAUAUUCUCCAUAGGUACACUAUUAUUGCGCUGCCAUUAAUGCGGUUGCCGGCGGCUGUGCGGCAACUGCGGCUUCACGUUUCUCCAUCGCAGCUUGUACACGAUAAGCAGCUUCGCUGGGCGGCAGCGCUGAUUUUUACAAUGUCAUGGGCAACCCGGGUUGCCCCGGUCACCUGCGCUGCCUUGCGUCAGCUCCCUGAGCUCUGGACCGGCGCCUUGGCGCCGAUAUCGUCGUAUCCAUCGCAGUUUAUCGCAAUACACGCGCCUCUUGCAAAGCAAGUGCAGCUUGCACAUGGAGGUGAUUCGUUACCAACUAUUGGCUCGCCUUCUUGCUACCUGCCACUAGGGGUGUGUACUCCGCUUCUGACAAGGACCUGGGACACGAACAUGCGGCGGCGGACCUACCGCAGCCGCAAGCGGAAGCGCUUCAUCCGCGUCGGGGAGCGCAUUCUACGCAUAAGUUAA